AAGCGUGUAAUAAUAUAAUAGGCAGUGAGAGUGACUAAAGUGACAGUGGUUUGAAUAUUAUUGUUGUGAGAAAAUUAUUUUGUAAAUAAAAAAAAAAAAUGAAUGCACCACCGACAUUUGAAUCGUUUCUUCUCUAUGAGGGUGAGAAGAAAAUAAUUAAAGAGCAAGAUACAAAGGUUCCAAAUGCAGCUAUUUUUACAAUUAACAAGGAGGAUCAUACAUUGGGAAACAUGAUUAGAAAUCAACUAUUAAAGGAUCCUCAAGUACUAUUUGCUGGAUAUAAAGUGCCUCAUCCAUUGGAACAUAAAUUUGUGAUUAGAAUUCAAACAACAUCUGAUUAUACACCUCACGAUGCUUUUAUGCAUGCAAUCACAGAUUUAAUUGCUGAGUUAUCACUCUUUGAAGAACGUUUUAAAGAGGCAAUAAAGGAGAAAAAAGAAGGACUGGAUUAAUAAUAAUAAAUGACUUUUGUAUUAUAUCAUAUAAUUAUUAUUUAUAAUGCCAAAUUAAAAUUAUUUACAUAUAAA